AUGAAUCAAGGCUUACACGGGACUUUUGAUCAUUCACCCAAUGUCAUGAUGGAAGUGAAGAAUUUGGAAACCUACGCAAUUAUUGGGUUUGAUGGCUCAGCCAUCAAAGGUCUCAAGGUACAUCCAGAUGCGGUACAUGUGAUUUAUCCCAUGGGCAAUAAAGUGUGCAUUCAGGACUGGAAGACCAAGAAGAUGUCUUUCCUCAGUGGUCAUACGAACAGUGUGUCGACUGUGGCUGUUUCUCCCAAAGGAACUUACGUUGGAUCCGGUCAGAUCAACCAUAUUGGUUUCAAGGCGUCAGCGAAAGUAUGGGAUUUCAAGACAAGGGCCAUGAUUGGAACUCAUGAACUGCAUAAGGUGCGAGUGGAAGCCCUCACCUUCACGUCAGACGAGCGCUACAUGAUAUCCCUUGGCGGUCGUGAUGAUGGCUGCGUGGUCCUUUGGGACUGUGUCAACGGAGCUGCCACCGGAACGGCGGCUGCCACCAAGCUGACAACCGGAGACGCUAUGACCCUGACCCCGUUGAAUUUGAGGUCAAACUCGUUUGUCACUGGCGGGGAUUCUAAUCUCCGCGUGUGGAACAUCCGCGCUGAGAGCAAGAACUUGGACGUGGCCGACGUCUCCCUUGGGAAGCUGAGGCGAAGCGUGCGCAGCAUUGCCAUCAGCAAGGACGACUCCUACGGCUAUGCGGGUACCACAACUGGUGAUAUGAUCAAGUUCUCCAUCAACUACCCACCUGACCCGAUGGCUUAUGUCAUGAACAUCAAGCCUUCCCUCCUCGGCUGCCUGGCCAAGUGUGGGCCGUUCAGAAAGGGAAAGAAACCAGACGCAGUGUGUUACAGCCAAGGUGUCGAAGCGAUCCUCAUAAUGGACGACGGAUGCAUCAUAGUGGGAGGUGGUGACGGUACCAUAGACAUUCUAGACGAGAUCAACUGGACCGGGGAGUUCCCCAAGGGCAAGAUAUUGGACCCUUGUAGGCCGCAUUUUAAGGCUCUCAAAACUGCAAAACUAGACGGCUGCAUAACAUCGCUGGAAAUGAUGGAAUCCCCCACGAAGAAAGGCGACAAGCGUCUGCUUUUAGUCGGGACGAGAACGAGCGAAAUCUACGCCAUCAACAUGGCCACCUUCUCGCCGGUACUUGUCGUGACAUGUCACAGAUGCGCGAUCAAUGAUAUCGCUUUCCCAAGAGGAAUGUCCGGCGUCUUCGCCACGGCCGGGUCGGGCGAUGUGAGGGUGUGGUGCCUGGAGACGUGUCAGGAGCUGCUCCGUAUCGUGGUACCCAACUUUGUCUGCUCGGCGGUUCUGUUCGCGAGCGACGGCAAGUCCAUUGUCACUGCCUGGAACGACGGCAACAUACGCGCCUUCACACCACUUACUGGCCGUCUUGUGUAUUGCAUCUUCAAUACUCACAACAAGGGCACUUCGGCACUGGACAUGACCAAAGAUGGCCGCACUCUGAUCUCUGGUGGUUGCGAAGGGCAGGUGCGCGUUUGGGACAUCAAACCUGAAGCCCAAACCCUGAAGAAGGUCCUCAAGGAGCACAAGAGCCCCGUGUCAGCCAUACAGGUAUCUCCGAAUGACACGGAGGCUGUAAGCGCUGGUACGGACGGAUCGGCUAUUAUUUGGGAUUUGGUCUCGCUAUCAAGAAGACAGGUGAUGUACGCGAACACACUGUUCAUGUGUAUAUGUUUCGAGCCUCUAGGCUGUCAGCUGUUGACAGGCGGCACUGACAGACGUGUGGCUUAUUGGGAGACCGGCAGCGGGAAUCUGGCUAGAGAGUUGGAAGCAAGUAAAGUGGGCGCUAUAAAUGGACUUGAUAUAACACAAGAUGGCUCUCUGUUCGUCACGGGGGGAAACGAUCAGAUGGUUAAGCUGUGGAAAUACCAGGAGGGUGUCUACACGCACAUGGGGCUGGGGCACGCGGGCGCGGUGACGUGCUGCCGCUUCAGCCCCGACGCGCGGCGCGUGGUCAGCGCGUGCGCAGCCGGCAGCGUCAUCGUGUGGCGCAUGCCCGAGCAAUACCUGAAGCAAGCGCCACCUUCCGGUAGGCAGGCGGCCCCGGACCCAGCGCCCAAGACCCUAGAGGAUGAGCUCAAGUUGCCGCUGUCCGAGAAACCGGCGCAGAGGGCCGGAGGUGACCGGCAGCAUAAGAUACCUUCCGCACCAUCCAAGGAAGAGAAGAUAGAAGCGAUGGACACGAGCCGCAGUAGCGUCCACUCCUGCUGCCCGUGCGCAGCGACUGCCAAUUCUAACACCAGCUCUAAGAAAUCCACCCCCAAGAAUACUGGCUCGGGGAAGUCUUGCUGUAGGCCGCCACGGCCGGAAGAUAACUUACCCACAAGAACGACGAGUAAGGAAUACGUCAGCAGUGGUGGCGGAGACAGGAAGUAGUAGACGGUUUGAC